AUGGCGGUUUCCAAAAUUUUCACAAUCCUAAUCUCUGCAUUGCUGCUAGCCUCCGCCGCAGCGCAAUCGCCUUCCGGCGCUCCGUCGCCGUCUCCAGCUGUGAAACCACCGGCGCCUUCUCCUCUGGCGCAGCCGCCGAUUCACGCGAGCCCUAGCCCCGCCCCUACCGCGUUCAACGCUCCUGCGCCGUCGAUCUCGGCGCCUGCUCCUUCUCCUUCCGGUGUAUUCUCGCCGCCGCCGACUACCUCACCCUCGCCGUCCGUCUCUGCGCCUCCGACAGCCGCUGAUGCUCCAUCAAACGGCGCCGUAUUCAAUGGAGCGGGAUUUGCAGCUGCUGCAGUUGGAUUCUUCGCUGUGGUUUUGGCUGCUUGA